GCUCGGUCGCUCUCGCAGAGAGUUGAUAGAAAGAAGCAGAGAAGGCCUUCCCGUUCGAAAUCAAAAAACGCCCACAUCCCUGACCCUAAUCGUAUUCAUUGCACUCCUCGUCAUUUCUCAUCCUUUCCUCGAUCAUUGGGCACCCUUCAUUACCACGGGCCUCCAUCGCCAUGGAUAUGCGUUACUCCUCUUCGUCAUCCUCCUCGACAUCCGCCGCGUCCACUUGCUCCUCAUUCUCCUCACCGACAACUCCGCACACUAUGUCCUCGUCUGGCACCUCAUAUCGUCCACUUCGUUCGUCCUGCCCAUCAGGCGACAAGCUUCUGCCCUCUCGCCGCGACUUGGCCGCGUCUCGCAAGCUGAGUCUCCAAGAAGCGCAGGAUGCCCUCGACGAGGGGCUGCAACUCUUUCUCGGAGCUCGAGUUGCUCCUACGACGCACACGUACCCGGACACGUACCUCCUCAACGACUUGCGCGAAUGGCAGCAGCAAAGCAGGCCGCAGUGGACGGUCAAGAAUCCCUUUGGCCAGCCAGUAGAUGAUGACGGUUGCGAUACUCGCGAUGACUUCGACGAGUCCAGCAUCGGCGACGACAGCAGCGUCAUUCCGCCAUCACAAUACAGCAGCAGCGACACGUCGAGGCGCAACUCACGCUUCCCCUUCGACAGUGACUCGCGCUGCCCCAACGUACCACCUCAGACAGCCCCUGCCUCGUGCGCCAUGCUUCCUUCCCUCUCCGCUCCACCUGCCCCAUCGUCAUCCUCGUCAUCGAGCAGCGUUCGUGAUGCAGCUCGUGCCCUCUUUGCCCUCUCUUCCGCUGAGCGCGCAGAGGCCAUCGAGUUGGCGUCCCAAUGGAAGCGUGAGGAGACACGCAUGGGGAGGAGAAGCUUCGCGAUCAAGUCGCCGCCAAAGACUACGCAACUAGCACCUGCGCAGCCAUCAGCCAUGUCGUCACCGCCGCGACGCCAACGCAAGAGCGACACGGUACCGCUGCCACUGCUUCGCAUCUCUCCGCCAAGGCCGAGGCCGAGCCCACCUACGAAACCCGCGACAUCGUCUGCCGCCGAGGCGGUACGCUUGGCUCCUUGUCCCCCAGCCGCAACAGAUGAGCGCAAGGGUGUACGCACGGCCUCUGCGCUGGACUCGGUCGCCAAUGAGCUGGCCCUCAUGUCGGAAAUGGCGCGCGAGGAGACCUUAGCGCCGCAGCCAGCGACCGUGCGGAGAAGAUCGGCGGAGACGCGCAGCAGCAGCAACAGUAGCCGCGAAAGGCGUCCGAGUAUCGGUGGUGUGGCGGCGGCGAUGAUGUCUGUGCAGGUGUGACAAGUAGGAUUGGAGAGCCGAUCGCUGAUCAAGGGCUGAGAAUGAUCGCGCUCCCUC